UUGACAGGUUUCCCGCGUCGAAUAAUAAACAGCUAAUCAGCACGUGUUCAUAUCGGCACUAGAGUUUAUUUAUAAAUUAUUUUUAUAGAAAUAUUAUUGUAAAGUAUUUAUUGUAAAUAUUUAUUAUUUAAGCAGAAAUGAGUAAAAGAAAAUUAGAAGACAUGGAAGUGAAUGAGGGACAAAUACACACAGUGUUGGCACGAUUCAAAUCCGAAACAGGUGAAAUAUUACCUGAUACAUUUAAUUUGCCGGGUGGAACAACCGCUAAGCAGCUAGAGAGUAUCUGUAACAAUUUACUGGACCAAGAGGAUCCAGUUCCAAUAUCAUUUUUUAUAAAUGACGUCGAAGUUGUCGGAACACUUCAAGAAAAUUUAAAGGGCAAUGAUUGUGAGCAGGUGAUCGAUAUUGUCUACCAGCCUCAAGCUGUUUUCAAAGUCCGAGCUGUUACUCGGUGCACUGGAUCCAUUGAAGGACACAAGGAAGCUGUUAUAUCGGUGGCAUUUUCACCAAAUGGCCAGGGUUUAGCCAGUGGAUCUGGUGAUACGACUGUCAGAUUCUGGGACAUUCAUACCCAAACGCCUUUAUACACUUGCGAGGGUCAUAAACACUGGGUUCUAUGUAUAUCAUGGUCUCCAUGCGGUACCAAGCUUGUGUCCGCUUGCAAAAACGGGACGAUAAUACAGUGGGACCCGGAAACUGGAAAACAAGUUGGCAAAACAAUGACUGGACACAAAAAGUGGGUGACUGCCCUGGCAUGGGAACCUUAUCACCGUAAUCCAGAGUGCAGAUACCUGGUCAGCGCUUCCAAAGAUCAGGAUUUACGAAUUUGGGACACUAAACUUGGACAAACUACUCGGGUGUUAGCUGGACACACCAAAAGUGUCACGUGUGUCCGGUGGGGUGGCCGUGGGCUAAUUUAUUCUGGAUCUCAGGACCGAACAAUCAGAGUUUGGCGUGCUGAAGACGGAAUUAUUUGUAGAAUUUUGGAAGGACAUGCUCACUGGGUCAACACCCUGGCAUUGAACGUUGACUAUGUUUUACGAACUGGACAUUUUGAAGUUGUAAAAAGCUCUAAUCAAUCUUCAAAUCUCCAAGAGCAAGCUCUGAAGCGUUACGAAGCUCUUGGUGAUGAAAAAUUGGUAUCUGGAUCCGAUGAUUUCACUCUUUACCUCUGGAACCCGGAGAAAGAUAAAAAAUCAAUCGCGAGAAUGACAGGACAUCAACAAUUAAUAAACGACGUUAAAUUCUCACCGGAUGGCCGGGUAAUUGCAUCAGCCUCGUUUGAUAAAUCAAUAAAACUGUGGGAAGCAAUAACGGGUAAAUUUAUAGCUUCCCUGAGAGGUCACGUCCAAGCCGUUUACUCAAUAGCCUGGAGUGCUGAUUCCCGGUUACUCGUAAGCGGUAGCUCCGACUCAACUCUAAAGGUCUGGAGUAUGAAAACUAAAAAGCUGGCGCAAGAUUUGCCUGGGCACGCUGAUGAAGUUUACGCCGUCGACUGGUCCCCGGACGCUCUGCGAGUCGCUUCCGGAGGAAAAGAUAAAGUUCUCCGACUCUGGCAAAAUUAAUUAUUUUUUAUUGUAAUUAAUAAAUUUAAUUAUAA